CUCGACUCCGCCCGUACGCCGCUCGUCGCUCGCCGUCCACCGCCCACCAUGUCUAUGUUCAGAGCCAAGAAGCUUGACUUGGGAUGUUUCGUCAACGUCCGUAAUAUGCGCGAUCACACCAAGCGCAAGGUCUUCGCCGAGUUCGAGCCGGAGAGACAAGCCCUCCGCUACAUGGCCCGCAACACCACGCUGCCCGCUCGUGUUCGCGCCCAAGCCCAGCUUGAGCUCACCCAGAUGCACGCCUACACUCGCUCCACGCAAUUCAAGAACAGGUGUAUUAUGGGAGGUAAAGGUAGAGGUAUUAUGAGCGACUUCAAAAUGUCGAGAUACCAAUUCCGUGUGAAUGCCAUCUCGGGUAACCUUCCGGGUGUGAAGAAGGCCAGUUGGUAAACCAGUGGGUCGUGGCAAGCUAGAUAUUUGUACAAUACCAGAAUCGUCCUGGUGUUUGGCCGGGCAUGGCAAUGAUUCACUGAAGCAUGGAUUGGCGUUUGGGUGGAUGCUGUAUAGUUACAGGGUUACAACGUUUGAGCUGGUCAGAAAAUCCAGACCUUCAAAGUUGUUCACCGGUAUGCCCGGCCAGGCUUUGCGUGAGCAUUUGCAUACCUUCACCGUUAUAACGAGGGAAACUGUAAAAAGUCAACGCUGAAAGAGAUUAACCGUAUAGCUCGUUAGGCGUGGGCAUUAAAAGGGCGACCCGGCGUAAAGGCACU